AUGACCAAUCUAGCACCUAUCCAACACAAUAAUUUCGAAUUCCCAUAUGCUACAAGGUGGUCUUCACUUGGGAUGAAUUACGACAACUGUCCCCAUUUUAGUAUCACCCAAUAUAGAAAUCUUGUAGAUCAUUUGGGUCAAGAUGAUUUUAUUUGGCGGCCAUAUCUUGCUCUAGAAGCCAUUCAUGAAGUUGACGAACACGACUCUGCAGUGUGGAGUGCAAAGGUGCCGAUUAUCAACUUCACUGCCAUGGAAAUGCACAACAGUGAUCGUGUCAAGCUUCAGUUUGGAAUGCUGCAAGAUAUUCCAUGUCCGCCAAAAUGCAUCCCCGACAAGUAUCACACCGGUAAAGUCUCCGACCAAUGGGAAUAUUCUCCAUGGACCAAGUAUGCAAAACAUGAGUGUCGUGAAUGGAAGCAUCGCCACCAUUUUGUUUUGUCCGACACUAUGUUGCCACAUAAGAGAAAACAGUCUAUCCAAUACAUGAAUUAG